AUGACACAUUUACUCCCACCGAUGCUGUUGAACCUCUUCGCCCCGCGGCCGCCGCUGCGAUGGGUUGAGCCUACUGACCACGCGCCAGAGAAGCGUUGCACCCCCAAAAUUGGCGGCAUUGCGCAAUACAUGGACGCCCUACGCGAAUACAAGGACAACGAUGGCUAUGUGCCCACCGACAGCUGGCUGCAGAAACGCGAUCGCAAGAAGCUCGAAAAGAAGGAGAAACAGGAGAAGCUUAUUACUGAAGGCGUCAAGAAUUACAAACCCUCCGAGGAUCCAAAGGUACAGGGCGACGCCUUCAAAACACUCUUCGUGUCUCGCCUGUCGUACGGCGUCACCUCUGACGACCUCGAGCGCGAGUUUGGUCGUUACGGUCCCAUUGAGCGUAUCCGCAUCGUCGAGGACAUCACGCAGCCAGAAGACGCGCCGCCUAAGAAGCGCAAGCGCGGCUAUGCCUUCAUUGUGUUUGAGCGUGAAAAAGACAUGAAGGCAGCCUACAAAGAGACAGAUGGCAUCAAAAUCAAGGACCGACGUGUUCUGGUCGAUGUUGAGCGCGGUCGCACGGUUUCUGGCUGGCGUCCACGCCGCUUUGGUGGUGGCCUUGGCGGUCGAGGCUAUACAAAGGGACCAGCUGCCCGCGGAUCUGGUGGCGCAGGAGGCUUUGGCGGCGCCCCUGCCGGUCCUGGUGGAUUCGGAGGUCGCGGCGGUGGCUUCAACAGUGGUUUCGGUGGACGAGGUGGAGGUCGCGGAGGCUUUGGCGGUGAUCGAGGAGGUUUCCGUGGUGGAAGUGGAGGCUUUGGUGGCGGCGGCCGAGGCGGCGGCGGGGGUUACGGCGGUGGACGAGGAGGUAUCGGGUACCAAUCGAACGGUUAUGGGCCUCCCGAUGGUGCACCCGCUGGUCCUCGUGGUCCCCGAAGCGGCGGUUUCGGUGGCGACCGAGGAAGCGGUGGUUACGGAGGCGAUCCGGUGCUAACAAUGAACCGCUCGGCAGCAGGGAUCGAUACCGCGACCGUGACGGUGGACAUGGUGGAGGCCGAGACGAUGGCUCGCGGAAGCGCGCGUACGAUGGUGACAGCUACGACGACCCACGAACACGACGAAGGUACUAAGCUCGACUUACGGCUAAGCCCUGUUGCGCAAUGGUUUGUCAAAAAGGUUACCUCCCUUUUCUUCGCCCCAGCCUUUCUCGUCAACGAGGGUAAGAUCGACUCUGUUCAGCUCUUGACGUUUCGACUCUACAGCACAGCGCAAUAUAGGAGGGUAAGGAGCACGCAACACCAAAAAACAAUCACUCCUAGGCACCAUUGCAUAUCUUGA